GCUGCAGUGAGCUGGCUCUGGGUGCAGAAGCAGAAGAGGAGACGCGAUGGUUACACCGGCCCAGCCCUUGUGUGCGAGCUGCGGCCGGACCGUGCAGCCCCUGCCAGCAUGACUGAGCCCUCUCUGCGCCCCCACUGCUCGGUGCUCAGCUGCUUUGGUGAAGAGCCCCCCAGUCUGGAAUAUAUCCAAGCCAAGGAUUUGUUCCCACCUAGGGAACUGGUGAAAGAGGAGGAUAAGUUGCAGGUAAGAUCAGAAAUUCUGUCGGCAUGUGAAUGGUCUUCCCAGUAUUUCAUUGAGUGGAGAGAGAGAGAAGAUGAGAUUCUAGCUGAUGGCUGUAAGCGCCCAGAAUCCAUCACCUCCAAGUUAGUUAUACAUAUAAGGCCUGUUAUUACUACAGAGUGGUCAAAAAUACAAGACUUGAGCUCUAAUGAUCUAACUUCUCCUAGACUUACAGAAAUCUUCAGAAGUCUACCUCUGAAAAUGUAUGACAGAAUAGGCCAGGUAAGUCCAUCAGGGCACCUACUGGAAAAACAGGUGUCUUCAUGUAAUUUAACACUACAAAAUAUUUUUUUCCUUAACAGAUUACCCAAAACACGCUCGAUGGACAAUCUUGUCACUGCUUGUGACAAUGGGGGGCUACUCACACGCACUUCUAGUGACCCUAACUUAAACAAUCAUCAAGCUAGCUUGGAGUCGCGAUGCAGCAAUGACGAUGGUAGUGAUUCAGAAAGUCAGGGUCCUCUGGAGCAAGCCACAGAUGUCAAAACCAAGGAAGAUAAGGCACGUAAUGAUCAUGUCAGCGAUGGUGAUGAAGGAAAUGUGCAAGAAGCCACUGAAGCCCAUAAUAAUAAUGAAGUGACGCAACAUGGUAAUUCAUCAGUUCCCGAAGCCGAAUCCCCAGACUUAAACUAUGACGAUGUUAAACCUGGCUUGGAAAUUUGCAUAGUUACACAGGAGGAGACUGUAAGAACAAUGCCUAUCCCUGACCAAGAUCACCAGGAUUGUCCUACCUUAACAAAACCUCCCUGCCCAAACUUAGUAGGUGAUAUGUAUGUCAAUACUUCAUGUAGAGAUUUGACCAAAUCUAUCAAAAUGGCAAAGGAAGCCUGUAGGACUGAUAGGAAAGCAGUCUCCCAAAUACCAAGAAAUGAGAUUUCUUUUCUAGCAUCUAACUGGGAGAGUUUACAAGGAAUGAUGAAAUCUGUUCCUGUUGGUGAAAUUGGACUUCGUCGUCAUUUGUCAUAUGAGCACUCUACAAGAAGCCUUCACAGUAAGCAUGGAAGACAUACGACUGGUUCAUAUGUAUCUCGAGAUGCAGCAAAGAUCCCUUACAACUUCCCUGCCUCAAUGCACUGUUCUGGCCCCUCAAUGAAAAGCUACAGAGGGUUAAUAGCUUCUCAUAACAGGCCUCUUCACUCUGGUCGAUUCUUACCUUUGGUCUGCCCUUCUCCCACACCUCUCUUAUAUCAAGAUGACGAUGGUUUACCCAUUCCUAAUGAUGUUGUGCAACAACGGUUAAGACAGAUGGAAGCUAGUUAUAAGCAAGAGGUUGACCUGCUGCGAAGGCAGGUGUGGGAACUGCAGCUCCAGCUGGAAAUUCGACAGUAUUGCGCUCCACCUCCCGAACCUGAGGCCGAUUAUGAAGAUGAUUUUACCUGUGUAAAAGAGUCGGACAGCAGCGAUAUAGAUGACCUGUAUUCUGAUAAAAGUGAAGACCGACUUUCAGAGACCAGUUGGGAACCAGUGGAUAAGAAGGAUACUGAGGUCACAAGAUGGGUUCCUGAUCACAUGGCUUCUCAUUGCUUUAAUUGUGACUCUGAAUUCUGGUUGGCCAAACGAAGGCAUCACUGCAGGAACUGUGGAAAUGUCUUUUGCGCUGGCUGCUGUCACCUAAAGCUUCCAAUUCCAGACCAACAGCUCUACGAUCCUGUUCUGGUCUGCAAUACUUGUUAUGACCACAUCCAAGUCAGCCGAGCCCGGGAACUCAUGUCCCAGCAGUUAAAGAAACCCCUAGCAGCAGCGUCAAGCUGAGUGCCGACUAACAUCCGGCUAUUAAACUCCUUCUUUAGUUCCUUGCGGUCAAGAUGAAUACUUAAGACAAACGGCGUGACUACUACUAUGUAAACAUGUCAGUGAACGCCUCCUUUGGUUGUAAGCACCACACCGGCUUACCUUAGCAUUACCAUUCUGCACCAGGACAGGGUGGUUCCCCAUGUAAAGUGUAGGAUUUGCGAUGGUCCUUUUUAGGGCUCUCUGAAACAGAAGGUUUUGGUAUUUGAUUUCUCUUGGCAUGGUCAGAAGAGCCCAGAGAAGAACACAUAUAUAUAUAUAAUUUUUUUUAAUUUUGUGCCCCUGCUGCCUUUUAUCUGGAGUAAACUGAAAAUGUGGUUAGAAUGAUCUGGAUUGGGCCCUUUCCACCGUAAUAUGCAGGGUUUACAUGUAAAUACUAGGGUCAGAGAGUGCAACAAAACUGUGAAUUGUAACCCUUUUUCUUGGUGGAGGAGUGUGCUGCAAAUGGGAGUUGGCCUCUUGCUGCUAAGGGUUGAAUUGAGUUCCUCUCUCUAUUUAUAUGUCUUCAUCUUUUGGGCAAUUCUACCCUAUACUGAUAUUUCAUUGAUGUCUGUAGACAUUUACUUUUCUUUGUCUUUUUUUAUUUUUUAUCUUUGUCUCUUGUUAAUGCCACCUUAUGUUAGAAUCCUUUAAAACUUGACUCCUGAGGACCUGUCUGAUUUGGAAAUGCAGUGCAAUCUGCAGGCGGCAUGUUAGAGAGCAGGAGGAGCUGAGCAGAUUGAUAUAUAGUUUUAUCAGAAAAGAUUGUCACUUAUUCAUUCAAAUCUCCGUAGCCAAAUGAGCGGACUUAUCAGUUAUUGACAGCUAUCUCUGUAUACACAGAAAGGCGACCAGUCACUGCUAAGUCCGCUCUCAUGGUCUACUGAGCUCAGAAAGAGCAGAGAUUUUAAAGUAUAAAGUGCAAGGUUUGCUGAAUCUUUUCCUGUGUAUAUCAGUCUGCUCAGCUCCCCCUGCUGUAUAACAUUCUGCCUGCAGAUUUCACUGCAUUUCAUGGUAACAGCUCCUCUUUAAAGCAUCUCCUUUAGGUCUUGGCUAUUCUCUGGUUUCCGUCUGAGGUGCUUCAUGUUAAAUGCUGCUAUUUGAAUUUUUUGUGCACUUAACCAUUGUAACCCAGACAAGGAAACGUUGAUACCAAAAGGUUUUGUGGUGCCAGAAAUUGAUAAUUUUUCUGUUCUACUGUUGAUCUGUAAAGUGCCACUUUGUUACAUAAAUCAGCCAUGAGGUGUCGUAUGUUGCUUCAGCAUUCUGUAAAUACUUGGUUCUUGCUAGCUUUGGGUUUGUUUGUUUUUGCCCGCAGUCUUAAAGCCAAUACCACAUUGGUCUUUGGACUGGGUUAAGGAGCUAAACUGUUCUCCACUUUGAGAAGGCCAGACGAAGAUGCAGCAGAAAGAUUGCUGGCUGUGGAGUCCUUUUUACAUGAACAUAGGCUAGAUAUGAACGCACUAUGCUGUCUUUUGGUGACACCAAUCAUGAGGUCGUUCCAGAAGCAACUUGUACAAUUAUUUCUAUGCAGCGCCUAUUUUACCAAUUUGCUUAACAGCCCUGGUACACUAUGGUUCAGUGUAGUAGAAAACUUGUUAGACAAUAUUGUCUCACCCUACUUGCAUGGCUGCUUCCUGGGAAGAGAUAGAUGAAUGUUGAUACCAUUAUUCACUGAAAGAGGCGUGCCAUUAUUAACAUUGCUUAAUCCACUAAAGCACGCGUAACCUCACUAGGAACGGCUAUUUCAGUUGUACAUUCUUAUUUCAUAGCAGUGGUUGUGUAGUUUCAUGUGGCAUAAGCAUAUGGCGCAGCUGGCACCCUCAUGAGGUGCAUCUGUGUAUGGUGUAAAGAUGUGGAACCAUUCCUCAGACAUAAGCUCACAAUUUUGUCUAAAACAUCAGUCUAGACUGGCUGAGUUUGUUACAAACUCUCAAACAAUAAUCCAGAUUGUUUCUGAUUCCGAAUCAGUUCACAGGCCUAGUUGCAGGACUAGUUGACUAUCUAAUCUGUAUGGGGUUGUCAGAAGAAAGGUGGAUCAAGCUGUUGAAUAUCAACAUGGCAGAACCUUAUGUUCUCAAGGGAAAUGAGUUCCCUUUGGUGGCUGGCACACUUGGCGAAGAGGGCUUGUGUAAGGGUCGUAGGAAGAACAGCUGUCGGCUGAAAGAGCCUUUGGCUGCCAGCUAUCUAUGAAGUAAAAGGCCACCACUGACCGAAGUAGAUCAUAAAGUGUAACUGCCGUUUCAUUUUUUAUUCCCCAAUGGUAUAGUACACCCUGCUAUAUAAGUGCUUUUGUGAUUUAAAAUUUGAUCAUUUUCAGUUUUACCUGCUAAUAACUCCCACAAAUGCAUGCUACUUUCCUAUUCAGCAGCUCUCCUCUCACAGUGUUGCCAUGUGCAGUCCGUCUUCUCAGUAUUAUACAAAGAGAUGGAUGAGCUCUGGGAGGAGGAGCUCAGCCCUGACAGCCUGGAGCUGGGCUCAGGCAGAAAGUGGAGGGGGAGGGCUGCUUUAGAUGGUGAGAUGCAACUGGUCUUGUUUGAAAACGGACAGUCCAGGCUUUCAUACAAGACCAGAAUGACAGCUCUAGUCCAAGCAACAGAAAUAUAGUCUGGCAUAAUCGCGGGUAAAAUCUGCUUUUACUUUCAGCUUCAUUCACAGCAUCCCGAUUUCUAUCAUUUAUAUCUUCCACUGUACUGAACAGAUUUAUGUAAUUCUGGUAUUGUCUGAAAGCUUGGAAUGUCAGCUUUCAGACAAUAUUUCUAGCUGGUACCAAACCAGAGAUUUAAGCAGCUAAAGCCCCUGUCAGUCUGGAAGAGAAUGAGGGACAGCUGGCUUUUAAGAGAUUAAAAGAAAUGCUUACUGAUUUAAUGUAAUUGCAGGGCUUGUCUCUGGUUAGCUGUAUGUGAGGAUACACACUGCUCUGGGUACUGUGGGAAGUUAUCUGCGUUCUGAUUGGUCCUGCUAGUUCAUGUGAGGA